UGUUUCUUCUGUGGUCCAGACCACCCACCAGCAUCAUCACUCUGUCCCCAAGGUAACUUGUCAUCUUUGUGGGGUCUGACCUGGCACCAAGGGCCUUCAGGGGCGGUUCUAGGGCCGUUUGUGUUGCUGUGAUCCGAUCCUAGCAAAGCCUGGCACCAAGAAGACUCCAGGGGCUUCUGAUCACCUCCAGAGUACCCAGGAAGGCCCAGAGGGCAUUCUGCCCCGGGAUCUCCAGAGAGUGUGAGAAAUUUUGUGAGAAAUUUCUGGAGAGUACAAGGAUAAAGCCAGGGCUCCGCCUUCAACCUGCCGGGGUAGCAAUCUCCUCUGCUACCCCUCAAUGCUGCCCCUGCUAUCGCCAGCAGAGGUCAGUGUGUGACUUCCAGGCUGCCCUCCUGCAAGAGCGGAAGCAAGAAGGGUGUGGGUUGGGGAGACAGGGACUGUUGGGUGUGAGCCUUGGACCCAGUAGGAAGCUGAGAUCCAUCUAAAGGUGUGGUUCCUCAUUCCAGGAUCCUGCACCCUGGAUAACCUUGAGCUUCUCGUCACGGGUGGCAGCGUAACACUUGCACUAGAGGACUUUAAGCUACCAUCCGCUGUGUUGCGCCCAGAGUGCGCGUGCCUAUGUGCAGCGCCAAGUGCGUACCCGGCCUGACACUGUGCAGGUGCGCGUGUAUCUCGGAGGGCGAGAUCUUGCUCUUUGUGUAAGAGCUCGGGUUUGAAUGUAGCUCCUGUGCACGCGAGCCCUGACUGUUAGCAGCAUGGAGAGCCAGCCUGGGGAGCACCACAGCAGAGACCUAGGAUCCUGUUAGGACACAGAGAAGGAGAGCCCCACCCCCACCCCCUGAAAACUGGGGCAGAUGUGACCGGCCGCCACUCGGGGACAGAGAAGAGAGAACCACUGGUGCCAGCGCCCUCCUGUUCUGCACCAAGCAGGGUCUUGUUAUGCAGCCUACACUACUGUUGAACUUAUGAGUUUACUGCCUCCACCUCCCAAGUUCUGAGAGUAUAGACAUGCACAUGCAGCAACCCAUCCUUUUAACUGAUCACUUGGACAGGUGCAACCAAGAUGCUAAGACCAAACUACACCUCAGUGUCUGAAUUCAUCUUCAUUGGCUUCUCCAACUUCCCACAGCAGCUCAUGCCCGUCUUCUUUGUUGUGAUCCUACUAAUGUACCUCUUCACACUGCUGGGCAAUCUGCUCAUCAUGGCCACGAUCUGGAGUGAACGGAGCCUCCACACACCUAUGUACCUCUUCCUGUGUGCUCUCUCCAUCUCUGAGAUCCUCUAUACCUUGUCCUUCAUCCCACGUAUGCUGGUUGACCUGCUCUCCACCCAUCGUUCCAUAGCCUUCCUGGCCUGUGCCAACCAGAUGUUCUUCUCCUUCAUGUUUGGCUUCACCCACUCCUUGCUGCUCACCAUCAUGGGCUACGACCGCUAUGUGGCUAUCUGUCACCCACUACACUACAAUGUGCUCAUGAGCCCCCGGGGCUGUGCCUUCUUGGUGGCUGGGUCCUGGGCUGGAGGCUCAGCUGUUGGGCUGGUAGUGACAACCUCCAUUUUCCACCUCCCUUUCUGUGGACCCAAUCAAAUCCAACAUUUCUUAUGUCAUGUGCCCCCUAUGUUGAAGCUGGCCUGUGGAAGCAAUGUGCCAGCUGUGGCUCUGGGUGUAGGGAUGGUGUGCAUCACAGCCCUCCUGGGAUGCUUUCUCCUCAUUCUCCUCUCCUAUGCCUUCAUUGUGGCUGCCAUCUUGAAGAUACCAUCAGCUGAGGGUCGGCACAAAGCCUUCUCUACCUGUGCAUCUCAUCUUAUUGUGGUGAUUGUGCACUAUGGCUUUGCAUCUGUCAUCUACCUCAAGCCCAAGGGCCCCCACCUUGAGGAAGGUGAUACUCUCAUGGCCACUACCUACACGGUCCUCACCCCUUUCCUCAGCCCCAUCAUUUUCAGUCUCAGGAACAAGGAGCUGAAGAAUGCCAUAAAUAAGGCCUUCUUCAGGAAAUUCUGUUCUUCAAACACCUAAGUGGUCAGUAUAGAAUGAUUGGCAGGUGUGGAACAUCACUUUAUAGAUGCCCAGUAAAUGUAUAGAACUUCUCUUUGAUUUAUGGGUUCUCAUUAAGUGUUUACUGGGAGGUAAGAUGUUCAUUGGGAUAUAGUUCAUAUACUGUGUAGUUUACCCAUCACUGUUUUAGUAUGCUUGGAACUAGGCAACCAUCAAUACAUUAAUUUGAGGAAAAUGUUCAUCACUUAAAAAGAAAAUCUGGAUGGAGAGAUGGCCCAGUGGUUAGGAGCACUGCUGCCCUUCCAGAGUACCCGAGUUGUGUUCCCACUGUCAAAUGGCCCACAACUGCCUGGUACUCCAGACUCUUCUAGCCUCCUUGGGCACUGGCACACACUCAUAUAGACACACAUGCACACAUACAAAUAUAAAUAAAAAUAAAAAA